AUGUCGGGCUGGAAGGCUUUAGUAGAUUUCCCAACCAGAGGUGACGCGUGUUUAGAUAACUGCUUAACUAGUCACCCAGAUUUAUUCAACAAGUGCCACUCAUUUCAAUUGUUGAUCAAGACUGAUCACACGGCUGUUAUUCUCCUAGCUGGUACAAAGUUAAAACCCAUCUGCUGUAAAGUCCUGAUAUGGGAUUGUAGAGAGAAUCGUAAAGCUGUACUUUACACUGCACUUGCGGAGGAAAACUGGGAUAAUGUGCUUGCUGCUCCUGAUGUUCAGCAAGCGGUUUGUGUAUUGGAAGAAAAGAUUCAUGGUCUUAUGGACAGGUGUAUGCCGGUCAAAACUGUAUCUAUGUCGUCACAUGAUGAUCUGCCGUGGAUGACACCACUCCUUAAGUCAAUGAUUAGAAUGAAGUCCAGAGUUUCUUGUCUGAGCAAAGACAGGCUGUGUGGUAUUAACAAAAGAAUAGCUGACAUCAUCUCGGAAAAUAGGAGAAAGUGUUAUGGCUACCCUUCCAGGUAG